UGAAGAGGAAAAGCAACGUCAGUUUGGGCAGCUAUGCACCGAGCCAGGACAGUGUGACAGAGGAGAGGGGAGCAGGGAUUUGGGCUGUGCUGCAGAGGGAUGCAGAGAGGAGCUGCCACUGCAGUAGGAGAGAAAGACUGAGACAGAGAGGGGGACUGAAGGACGGGUACCAGCCAGGAGGCUACAGAGAUCCAUUCUUAGACAUCCAACCUCUACCACAUCGUGGCCUGGCUGCUUGCCCAUGGGAGAGACCUGUGAGCAGGCAUGGACUCCAGACCAGAUGGGCAAGAUACUGCCAGGACCAGGGAUGGGAUCAGAUCAUCUGCUAUCCUCCUGUACAUUUCUCCCUGCCUAACACCCUCAAUUGCUGGCUGAGAUACUGGGAUUUGAGGGCCUUCAUGCCCCAGGACAGUCCGGGUAGAUAGAGGAGAGGGAGAGGAGGUGGGUCAGGGGAGACAGAGGAUAAGGAGGAGGCAGUAGCUGUAGUUUUUUGAUGAGGGCCUCCUAAAUUAAGUGAGUUGGAAUAAAGAUGUAGUGUGAGUGGGACGCAGAACAAGGAGUGAGCUGUGCUGCAGAGUGUGGUGGAGUGGAGUGGGGCAGACCGGGAGCUGGGUGGACUGACGGACACACUGCCUGAGCUGCAAGGGUAACUCCAGAGGAGAGACGGAGCCCGAGUUGUACUCUGGGUCAGGAAGAUGCCCUCUCGCUGUAGGACUGUGCUGCAUAUCGUAACCACCACCCUCUUCGCCACGGUGGUCCUGUUUGGGAUCCUGCUGGCCUAUGUGACUGGCUAUCAGUUUAUCCACACAGAGCAGCACCACCUGUCCUUCGGCCUGUACGGAGCCAUCCUGUCCCUGCAUCUUUUCCUCCAGAGCCUGUUUGCCUUCCUGGAGCACAGACACAUGCGCAGCCCUGCCCGGCCCCAGCACCUGCGGCGCUCUGUGGCCCUGUGCAUCGCAGCCUACCAGGAGGACCCAGACUACCUGAGGAAGUGCCUCUGCAGCGUGCGCCGCAUCUCCUUCCCCAGCCUGAAGGUGGUGCUGGUGGUGGACGGGAACAGACCGGAGGACCACUACAUGAUGGACAUCUUCCAGGAGGUGAUGGGUGGAGUGGACCAGGCUGGCAGCGUGGUGUGGAAGGGGAACUACCACAGUGACGGGGGUGGAGGGGUGGGCAGAGGGGGGACUGGAGCAGCGUCCCUGCAUGCGCAGGAGGCUGCAUGUGUGGCCAGGCUAGUGAGAGGCUGUCGCUACUCCUGUAUCAUGCAGGAGUGGGGAGGGAAGAGAGAGGUGAUGUACACAGCCUUCAAAGCCCUGGGAGACUCUGUGGACUAUAUGCAGGUGUGUGAUUCAGACACAGUUCUGGAUCCAGCGUGCACCAUAGAGAUGCUGAAGAUUCUAGAAGAGGAUGCAAAGGUGGGCGGAGUAGGUGGAGAUGUUCAGAUCCUGAAUAAGUAUGACUCGUGGAUCUCCUUCCUGAGCAGUGUUCGUUACUGGAUGGCCUUCAACGUGGAGCGGGCCUGCCAGUCCUACUUUGGCUGUGUGCAGUGUAUCAGUGGUCCCCUGGGCAUGUACCGCAACUCCCUGCUGCAGCAGUUCCUAGAGCCCUGGUAUCACCAGACCUUCCUGGGCAGCAAGUGCAGCUUUGGCGACGACCGCCACCUCACCAACCGCGUGCUGAGCUUCGGUUACAAGACCAAGUUCACGGCCCGCUCCAAGUGCCAGACUGAAACGCCAACGCGCUACCUCCGCUGGCUCAACCAGCAGACCCGUUGGAGCAAGUCCUACUUCAGAGAGUGGCUAUACAACGCCCUCUGGUUCCACAAGCACAGCCUUUGGAUGACAUACGAGUCUGUGGUGACGGGUUUCUUCCCCUUCUUCCUUGUUGCCACAGUGAUCCACCUGUUCUACCGCGGGCGCCUGUGGAACAUCCUUCUCUUCCUGUUGACAGUGCAACUGGUUGGCAUGGUGAAGGCCACCUACGCCUGCUUCCUGAGGGGCAGUCUGGUCAUGAUCUUCAUGUCUCUCUACUCCCUCCUCUACAUGUCCAGCCUGCUACCAGCCAAGAUCUUUGCCCUGCUCACUAUCAAUAAGGCUGGCUGGGGCACGUCAGGGCGGAGGAAGAUUGUGGUGAACUUCAUAGGGGCGGUGCCCGUCACAGUGUGGGGGGCUGUGCUGCUGGGUGGGGUUGCCUACACCAUCUACUGUGAGACCCAGGAGCCCUUCAGUGAAACCGAGAAAGCGCUUCUCAUCGCUGGGGUCAUCCUGUACGCCUGCUACUGGCUCAUUCUGCUGGUUCUCUACCUGGCUAUAGUGGCCAAGCGCUGCAACAAGAGGGAGGAGCAGUAUCACCUGCCGUACGCAGAGGCAUAAGACAUGGAUCCUUGUUCAGUCCCUUGUGUGCUGCUAGAACAACUGAGCCAGUCUGUGGCCCCACCACUCUGUCUCCAUGGUGCUAAACCUCUGGGACCUAUGGGGCAUGAAUGUGUUGUAGAAUGACAAUGGACGGACAGUUCUCACAUUAACCUGGGAGACUUGGUUAAGUAGGUUACAAACCUUUUCUACAGUACAGAGUCCUCUACCAGUGGCCAUGGUGCUUACCAUGGAUAUAAAGCACAUUAUCACACAGCCCGUUUGGCCAUGGUGGGACAAGGUGUGGUCAGGAUAUACCAGAGAUCAUAAGAGUUAUGACACGGUGUGUGUCAGUAUGAAGCAAUGUUGAUAUGUUACUUGAUGCACUGAGCUGAGGGCCUUCUCUGCCUCAAUCAGGAGACACAAUGAUCUACAGUUGUAUUUUUGUAAUACAAAAAUUGAUAGACAAUCUAACAUUUAUACAAACAUAACUUACAAAUACAUUUGGUGCUGAUGAACAGGCCCAGGGUAAACUUUUAGCUCGUAAGCUAAUGGCUUGCAAGAGUAUUGACACUCAAUUGAAUGAGUCAGUGUGUUUCAGUGGACAUUUUGUUCUAUGGGUACCAAAUUGUAUUCACAUUAUACUGCAGUGUUCAUUAUAGGAUGUACUUUUCCAAGUGAGGAUAAUCCCACAUUAAUUCCAUCAUGUAGACUAUGACCAAAGAGCACUUGUUUUUUGACAUGUCGUACCAUUAAUUCAAUACAAGUACUAACUCCAUUGCUGUUAUUAGUUGUAAAUCCAUGAGAAAAAAUAAAAACAUGAUCCCAUUUUAUCAAGGUCAGGUGGUAUUAGUGUAGGUGCUACCAUGUCUAAGUUGACAUGUGUUUUUUGUUGUUGGAGAAUGGAGAUAACGUCGUGGAAGUUUCCACUUGUGUGCUAUUUAAGUUGUGUUCAUAUUAUUUUAUUAAAUGAGGAUUGCAUAACUUGAAACUUGAACGUGCAAACAAGACACAUAAAACAAUGUUUGUUUACAGACUUGCUCAGCCUCUAUCUACCAAUGGUGCAGUAGGUCAAUUUGAUGGUACAGUACAUUUCCAGAGGUGAUAUAGAUGUUCAAGUACAAACUUUGUGGGCCACCAGGAAUAUGUUUUCAGUGUUGUCUUGGCAAUGACUUAGAGUUUGCUGUUGUUGGGGCUCAUCAUUAUUCAUCUGUCUUAACAUGUAGAUGAGGCCUACCUUUCCCUUUUCAACUCCUGAGGGUGUAUGUCAGGUGACUGUGUAAUAAGACUAUGCACAUGUAUGAUGUGUGUAAACUAGCAGCACCAUAUCAGCAAGUAAAAUUAUGAGUAUGUGUACAUUUAUUUGGCGAAUAAAGGUGAUUUUGAUUCUUCGGAUUUUGACAUAUUUGGAUUAUGUGAAGAAAUGAGAGGCAAGGACACCAUAGAGACGACUGUGACAGUGUUGUCUGACAUUCGUUUGUGUGGUGUGGAGAUGUCAAAUACAAUCUUUGUUAUAGCCUAUCUAUCAGGCUGAACAUCUGCUUUUAGUCUACAAUAUUGUCAGCAAUUUUUGAUUUCCUUGAUACAGCCUGCCACUGUUUGACAACAAAUCAAUCGGUCUCAUAAUGCUGAGUGACUAUAGAUGUUCAGCCAUAUGAUGUAAGCAUAUUUGACAUGAAAAAACCCAGUCUUAUAAUUGUUUUGAAUAUAAUUAUGUAACUAUUCAAUACGUCUGUGACUGAAAAUGUAUGCCUUUUCUAAGGUGUCUCAAUGCCGCAGAACAACUGUUGAGCCUAUCGAACAAACCAUGGUAUCUCAGCUCAUACAACAUUCAAUGUUACAUAAAGGCAAUGUUUCACAGUAUAUUGCAAAGUAAUAUAUUUUGUGUAUUGUAUAUAUUCAAAGAUAUUUUGAAGAUGUACAAGAAUUAUGGGUUUAAGAAUAGACCUAUAUUUAAAAGGAACUAUGGGAUUUGUACAUUUCCUGAAACAAGUGUUUUAUAUUAUUUUUACAAUGUGAUGUAGUUAGCACAAUGAUCUGUUAUUCAGUGUAGUUUGGUCUCUAGUGUUCAACAUUGCCACACUUGUCUUUUUGUAGUUUCAUGGAUGAGAAAUCCCUCAUAUCACCAUUAUCCCUAUUAUGAUUUAGGGAUGAUGCUUCAUGUAGAUUUAGAACAGGCAGUUAUAACUGUCAUGUAAAAGUAGUAAACCAAGAUAGCAUUUCUAAUACAGUAGUAGGGUACAAAAAAAAUCAGAAUCAUGCACCAGCAUAUGGCUAUUGAAACAUAAAAUACACAUUUUAUUGGUAUGUAAUAGCUGAAAAUGAAGUAUUGUAACCACCUAUGUAUUUCAUUAUGUUUAAAUAUAGAAGGCAAGACAUGUUGUUGGAAAAAGGUUUUGUAUUUCAAAUCAAAACAGUUAUUUUUCCGACUUGUACAGCAGUUGAAAAAAAAUGUAUUUUUUAUCUGAAUAAAAAAAUAUUCUCAUUC